GACUUUGCUGCAAACCCUCCCGCGGUCAAAGUCCGUGUGACUCCGCGCACAGUGAGUCCUAGCCAAGCCUCAACCCGCCAGAGCCCCACCGCUGUGCCUCAACGCCACAAGCCUAGGCACCGGAGUGCCGGGAAUCGUCCAGGCCGCAGCACACACGGUCACACGCACAGCGCACGCACUAACCAGAGCGCAAGCGUCCAGGCACUAGAACGGUCGCCCACACGUGCGUCCUGCCCACACACCAAGCCCCCAACCACCCACAACCUCUCACGGUGAGGGAGGCGGAAGGGGCGGCGCUGACAGCCUGGGGCAUCAGCGGGGCCGUGUGGCGUGCGUAUGUCAGCCAGGAGUGAGGUCGCAUGCGAGCCGCGGAUUCAGUCUCACAGCUUUAUUCCCCAGCUUAUACAUCGUUAUGCCAAAUGCCCUUGUGCCUUUUUGUGUCAGAGUUUGUUUAACAGAGCUCACGCAAGCUUCGUUUGACUGCACCGGAUUGGCCCGUUGUUCCUUUAUUCGGACCAUUUGUCGGCAUUUCCAUGUAUGAUAUCAGCUAGCACUUCAGUCAUUGCUCGUGGCACUGUGGGCCUCAGCCAGAGACUAAAAUGUUACAGUUCGCGCACGGCAGCGCAGUUGGCUUACGCAGAAGCUACAAUGCUCCAGCAUCAGCACACAUAGGGCUCGAGCUUUGUCCAUUCGGCAUACGGCUGACCCAGCCUCGCGCCGCUCGGACCGCCGGGCGCCUCGGCCCCUCGGCGACCGCCGGCGGUGUGGCCCGCGGCCUGGCGUGCAGCUCCGCAACCAGCGGCCCGGCGGCGGCAGUGCUCAGCGACGGCGGCCCCCUCCUUCCCGCCACCGCACCUGCUGCCACCGGGGCUGGCGGCGGUCUGCGGCAGCUACUGCCGCUAGCCGCCUGGGCCCGUCAAGCUGCACCAGCGCCCGCCACUGCCGCACCUGCAGCAGCCGGGGCGCGCAGCUGUCUCCUGCAGCCAGGGCGGCGCGCGCAGCAGCAGGUGCUGGCGGCUGCGGGGAGGUACGGCAGUGGCGGCACCAUUGACAGGAGCAGUGGCAGGAGCAGCAGCAGCGGACAUGGCGGCAUCGGCAGCAGCCGCAGUAGCAGUGACGCUGGGGGGAGGGCAGGCGGAGGUAGGGCAGGCGGAGGCCGUUGGGCUGGCGGCAGGACGGGCGGUGCCGGUGACAGGAGUGGCGGCGGAAGAAGGGCGCGUGACCCCGCGGAUGACAUGACCGUGUGUCGGACUCUGGAGCAGCUGCAAGGAGUCAUUGAUCAGCGGCUGGCGGUGUGGUGUGAGCGGCAAGACGUGAUCGCCAUGUCAGCUGCCUUCGGCCGUUGUGGCAAGCUUGAGUCCGCACGUGCCGGCGGGCCGGCCGCCACAGCCGCGGCCCGCGCCGGCAUCAUUGCGGCCCUUGCGCCUGCUCUCCUUCCGCUCGUGCCGCGCAUCCGGCAGCCGGCCGGCUGCAGCCUUCCGCUGUGGGCUCUGGCCAAGGCCCUGGCGAACGCACUGUAUGCCCUGGGCAAGCUGCGGGAGGAUCAGCAGCGGCGGGGCUCGGGCUGGGAUCCCACCUCAUCGCCGCAUCUGAAAGCGCUGGCGAGCGCUGUGGCCUCGCGGCUGCGUGCGGCGAGGGGGCACGGCUUCAAUGCCCAGGACGUUUCUAACACCCUGUGGGCGUGCGCCAAGCUGGGGUACCGCGACUCAGACCUUCUGCGGCCGUUGGCGGAGGCGGCCGCAGCCCUUGCCCCGGACAUGAAUGCGCAAGGCCUGGCCAACAGCCUGUGGGCGCUAGAGGUCCUUGGCUGCACCGGAUCGGCAUUUCGGGCAGGGCUGGAGGCGAUGUACGGUGCGGCGCUGCGGCGGCUCCGGACACCGAAGGAAGCUGAGGCAUUCAAGCCGCAGGACCUGUCCAACAUCUUGCUGGCGCUGGAGGGGCUGCAGCUGGGAGGCAAGCAGUCCGAGCUGCUUGCGGCUGCUGUGGCUGCAGAGUGUGUGCGCCGGCUCCGGGCACCGAAGGAAGCUGAGGCAUUCAAGCCGCAGGAGCUGUCCAACAUCCUGCUGGCGCUGGAGGGGCUGCAGCUGGGAGGCAAGCAGUCCGAGCUGCUUGCGGCUGCUGUGGCUGCAGAGUGUGUGCGCCGGCUCCGGGCACCGAAGGAAGCUGAGGCGUUCAAGCCGCAGGAGCUGUCCAACAUCCUGCUGGCGCUGGAGGGGCUGCAGCUGGGAGGCAAGCAGUCCGAGCGGCUGGCGGCGGCAGUAGCAGCAGAGGGUGUGCGGCGUGGCUUUGCCGGCUUUAAACCACAGGAGCUCAGCAACUCGGCGUGGGCCCUGGCCAAGAUGGGGUAUGGGGCUGGUGCAACGCCGCAAGCCAUGGAGCAGAGCCAUUGGUAUGCGGCCGCGGUGGCAGCAGCUGAGCGGCCCGGGGUCAUGGCCGGCGCCAAGCCGCAGGCCUGGGCCAACCUGCUGUACGCGCUUGCGUUGGUGCGCCACCAGCCACCGCCCACGCUGCUUGACGCAGGCGCCGCGGCGGCGAUGCAGCGAGGCACUGCACAACACUGUGCAAACACGCUCUGGGCUCUGGCGGUGCUGCAGCUGCGUCACGCUGGCUUGGAGGCGGCGGUGUGCGGCCGGCUGGGCGAGCUGCUGCGGCUAGGCCCGGAGUCGCUUGUUGAACAGGCCCUUUGCAACAGCCUGUGGGCGCUGGCGGCGCUGGCAGGCGGCGGUGUCCCUGCUAGCCCGGCUGCAGCUGCGCUGGCCCCAGCGCUUGCCCGUGAGGCCGUGCAUCGCAUCAGGGACCUUGCUGGAGAUGACUUCAGACAACUCUGGCAGGCGCAACAUGAGCUGGGCGGUGAGGUGGCGGAGGCUCUUGCCCGCAGCCCCGACCUGCUAGCCGCGAUGGAGGCGGCGGUGGCUGCCCAACGGUCGACAACGUCGACCACUAGCAGUACGCAGAAGCAGGUGGCAGAGGCGCUUCAGCGACUGCUGCAGAAGGGUCGCCUGCCCAUCGUUUCGGUGCGGACGGAGGUGGUGGUGGAGGGCGUGCUGGGGCGUGUGGAUAUUGUGGCGGACUGGAGCGACGGGCGCAGAGUGGCCAUUGAGGUGGACGGUCCAGACCACUUCCUCACCAACCGCAAGGACGACCCUUCCGCGGUAGACGGUUCCACGGCGCUGCGCAACCGGCAGCUACGGCGGGCACUAGGAGAGGGCGGUCUGCUGUGUGUGCCGUACUGGGAGUGGUACGAGCGGCAGGCUCCUUCCGCUCAGGAGGCCUACCUGCUGCAGCAGCUGCAGGAUCUGCUAUCGGGCGCUUCGUCAGGAGCAUCAGCAGGGGAAGGCAGCGCCGCCGCCCGUCGCCGCAAGGAGCAGCGCACGACUCAGCCGCAGCCGUACACUGCCCGUAGCCCCACCAGCGCCAGCACUACCGCCAGCAUCACCACCACCGCCACCACCACCACUACCGCUAGCAGCAGCCAGAAACGACGCAUCCUCGUUGUCCGCAGAAAGGCUCCAAAGCAGGAGGCGGUCGGCGGCGGCGGGGCGGGAGGGGCCUCGAGUGCAACAGCAGCUGCAGCGACGAUACCGGCGGAGGCUAAGGUGGUGGCCCCUGCCUUGCAGCAACAAGCAGAGGAGUCGCAUCAGCUUCCCAGCAGUGGCGCUUCUGGCGGUGCUGGCGAGGGCGGAGGAGACGGAGCUUCUCUGGCGCUGCAGCCUCCACCACCGCAGCAGCAGCACGUGUCAGCGCCCCGGGCGCGCCGCAGCAGCAGCCAAAGCCGCAGCCGCAGCAGCCAGGCGGGCUCGCCUUCUGCUCCUCCUCCUCCGCCGUUUGAGGCCCCUCCGCCGGAGCAGGUGCAGGCGGCAGCGCCACCCAGGCGGGCCGCGGGUGGGAAGCGGACUGAGCGGAAAGCGGCGGCGGCUCCGGCAGCAGGCGGCGGUGGUGGCGGCGGCGGCGGCGGCAGUGACUCUGGGGCGGUGGUGGUGCCAGCCGCGGUCUCUGAGAAGCGAUAGUCGGUGGUGGCCGGGGAGGCGGACUCGUUGGCAGCAGCUGUAGAAUGUGGUGGUGGUGAUGGUAGUGGCAAUGGCAGGGGCCUGCUCGCGGGCAGCAGGCGGGGGCAGGCGGUGGGGACCGGCAGGCGCGCGGCACAGAGGCUGUGCAGCAGCGAGUGAACGAAAGGGGGCGGAGCAGUGACCUGGGUUCGUGGUUGGACCACAAACAUGCACACGUCUUGUGAUUUGCGUUCCGUUACUCCUUGUGCCCGGGCCAAGCAUACGUGUGUGUAUAUGGAGCACUGAGAGCAACAUGCUAGGGCGCGCCACGACGGGCUUUGGGCUUUUGUGUGGCGUGUGUUUGGUGCGAUGCCCAGUUCGGUAGGCAUCUGUGGUGACCGUCAGGCAGGUGAGCGGCCGUGGGGCCCAGGGGCGGCCAUACACGGGGUGCAGUGAUGGGCGUGGCAUGAGUGGAGUUAGCGCACACAUACCAGCUAGGUAUUGACGCUUGCACACACGGUGCGUCAAAUGCGCCAAGUUUGUGGCAUGCUGUAUGUGUUGUGUUUGGUGUGUAGGUGCGCAGGGCCACGGGUCAGCGGUGGCAGUGGCCGUGGCCCGGGGCGUGUGUGUGUCACUGUGUUGGUGGCGGCUGACGUGGCGAGCAGGCGUGACGGUGGGGGACAGGUUAAGGAAGGGGCGGAGGCAGAGGUGGAAUUCGGGGGUUGCAGCGCGUGUAGCAGGCCAUGGCUGGGCCCGGUUGGCUGGCAAUACGACGUGCAGCAUGUCUGUGGUGGGGUUCACGCCCAUCGGUAUUCUUCCUGAUGUGUGGAGGCAGCACAGCCAGCACGAGGCUAACAUCAAGUUCAUGAGCAUAAAGCGACCUCGGCCCUGGCCAUCGGGCCGUUCCAAUGCAAUCCUAUCUGCUGCUUCUAAUGGAGUGAAUCUGUAAUGGGAAUCGGGU